GUCUACUCAGCCGGCCGAGAGCCCGGAGGGGCCGGUUCUUUCUUUAGGGAGUACUUUGUGAGAGUUCGUGGCUGUGCCCCAGGCAGCCUGGGGCCAAGUCUUGAUUCUGUUUCCUGGAAGCACACAGUGAGAGGAGCUUGUCCGAGUCCUUGGAAGCCUAGUGAGGAAAGGCUCCUGUUUUAGAGAGUUGUGGUGCACAGCAAGAGAGAUUCACCAAGGCCACCGGAGCAGAAUGGAACACUACCGGAGGGCUGGCUCUGUAGAGCUCCCAGCAUCUUCACCAAUGCCCCAGCUACCUCCUGACACCCUGGAAAUGCGAGUCCGAGAUGGGAGCAAAAUCCGAAACCUGCUAGGACUGGCUUUGGGUCGUUUGGAGGGGGGGAGCACAAGGCAUGUGGUGUUCUCAGGCUCUGGCCGGGCAGCUGGGAAGGCUGUCAGCUGUGCAGAGAUUGUCAAUCGGCGGGUCCCAGGCCUCCACCAACUCACCAAGCUUCGUUUCCUGCAAACUGAGGACAGCUGGGUCCCAACCUCACCAGACACAGGCCUAGACCCCCUCACAGUUCGACGUCACGUGCCUGCAGUGUGGGUGCUACUCAGUCGGGACCCCUUGGACCCCAGUGAAUGUGGCUACCAACCCCCGGGAGCCCCCCCAGGCCUGGGCUCCAUACCUAGCUGUGGUCCCAGACCCCGAAGAAGGGCUCGGGACACCCGGUCCUGAAGACCUGCUGAGCCUGACUGUACUCUAGACCUGAUUCUCUGUGCCUUCUGUAAGAAGGGCUUGUGUGACACUUAACAUGCCAGCAAGGCUUGAGUCCACUGGAGUCCUGCCUCCCCUCCCCCCUGGGAUGCGGGAUGCUAUGAAGAAUGAAGGGCAUAUGGGGUCAGUGCUGAGUUACAGACUGCUUGAGAAGGGCUUACUCUGUCUACAGUAUAUCUGACUUGCCUUUUUUGACAUCAGUCUAGGAGAGGGAAAUAAAGGUCAUGCCCAUUU